ACUUUUCGUCUUCGCUCAGCAAGUUCUAAAAAAGAAAAGGAUAAGGGAAGCCAUACAAUCCUAAAAUAAAACUAUAUGAUUUUAAAUAAUAUUUUAUUAUCUUAGCAGUUUGUACGUAUUUAUUAAAUAGAUUUGGUCAUUAGAUGCGUUAUUCUACGAGACCUUCCGCCAUGUUUGUAUAGCUUCGCGACCGCAAACAUCAGGUUGUCAAUCCGCAACAUGUCUCGUUCAGUAUUUGUCUGACCUGUUGGCAUGUACAAUGGCGGAACUAAGUUAUCAGUCAAUAAGAACAGCAAAUCAAGCCAGAGAAGCGGAUGGGUUGAGAACAGAUUCUAGAAAGAAAAAUCUACUUAUUCUUGUUCUGAACUACCUCACUGAAGAAGGUUAUUUGGAGUCAUCACAGAGUCUUGCAAAGGAGACCAACAUUGAUAUAAACCGUUAUGAAGUCUGUGACAACGUAGACCUGGAGACUAUUCUCAUGGAAUAUGAAUCCUACUAUUAUGUGAAGUUCGCAAAAUACCCGAAGCUUACCAAGAAGGCAACACAGAGCGGCUUUCCAGCUGGAGAGAAAAGACAAGUGAAAAAUGCUCGAUUAAACAGUGUAAAAUCAAAUAGUCCAUCCCUUCCCAGAAUACCGCAAACCUCCAGGCCAACCAGCCCGCCUCUAGGAAUACUGCCACAGCGACCAGUCUCUGGGCGUGGACGACGUAACAUCACCUCUUCAACGCGCAAGCCUUCAGCAGCUGUUGCUGUCAAUGGACCAUUAACCAAAGAACCACUCUUAUCAGCGAAUGGUCAUGGCGAUGGUUUGGCAUUACAAGGAAUGACAGUCCAUGGAGCAACUGGCAUUGCCAAUAUGCAAGAAAACCCAGCAGAGCCACAAAUGCAGAAAUCUCGCCGAAUUGGUCAGAUUAUUGAUGUACGAGCCAUGCUGAAUGAAGCAACUCGCAUGGCAGCUGAAGAAGGUCUAGGUUCUGAUGAUCGUAUCCUGAAACCACUUGGAGGCUAUGUUGGAUACAACAGUGAGUGGCGGGAGUUAGCUCAAACAAUAAGUCGUGAUAUCUAUCUUCAAAAUCCAAAUGUGAAGUGGGAUGAUAUUAUUGGGCUGGAUGAAGCAAAGCGUCUCAUGAAGGAGUCAGUUGUUUACCCUGUAAAGUAUCCUCAGCUGUUCCAAGGUAUUUUGUCUCCUUGGAAAGGCGUACUACUAUAUGGUCCUCCAGGAACAGGUAAAACAUUACUGGCUAAGGCUGUUGCUACUGAAUGCAACACAACCUUCUUCAACAUUUCUGCUUCAUCAAUUGUCAGCAAAUGGAGAGGAGAUUCUGAGAAACUUGUUCGGGUACUUUUUGAACUUGCACGAUUCCAUGCCCCAUCCACCAUUUUCUUGGAUGAAUUGGAGUCUCUGAUGAGUCAGCGGGGAUCUCAAGGAGGGGGAAAUGAACAUGAAGGCAGCAGGCGCAUGAAGACAGAACUGCUGGUUCAAAUGGAUGGGUUGGCCAAGACAGACGAUCUUGUUUUCCUCUUAGCGGCUUCAAAUCUCCCAUGGGAGCUAGACCAUGCCAUGCUGCGCCGCUUAGAAAAAAGGAUCUUAGUAGAUCUGCCACUAAUGGCAAGGAGAGCCAUGUUUCGUCAUCACCUUCCUCCAGUUGUGCCACGAGAUGGAGGACUUGAACUGCUAGCUGAGUUAGACUAUGACGUGUUGGCUAUGAAAACAGAAGGCUACUCAGGCUCAGAUAUAAAACUUGUGUGCAAGGAAGCUGCCAUGAGACCAGUUCGUAAGAUUUUUGCUGCACUGGAGAACCAUUCUGAAGGGGAUCUACAUGUAAAACUGGAGACAAUUCGUACAGAAGAUGUGUUGGUAGCAAUAGAUCGACUACCUUCAGCCAGACUUCUAAAGGAUAAAUACAGCAGGUGGCAAAGAGAGUAUGAAUCAGUUUGAUCACAGCCCUUACCUGCAGAAAUAGCAGUGUUUCAGAGGGAGAGAUCUUCAUCUGUCUGAUCUGUCAAAGGUCAUCAGGUUCUUGUUCAUUCUGUGUGAAAUGAGAUUUUAUAUCAUGUGUGCACCAUGCAAUCUGUAGCCUUCUGCACUGAAGGUAUGCAUUAUGGUGUGGUAAUGAUGUAAGAGAGUAUAAUACAUACUGGUUGAUUUCUUGACUUCAAGUCGAUUGUGGCCUUCAUUUCUUCAUGUGUGUAGAUGCAAGAACUGUGUAUGUGUGCAUGCAUCUUUAUAGUUGUGUACACAAGGGCAUUUGUCCAUAAGCGCAUUUAUGCCAUCCAUAAUUUUCUGUAGACGAAAAUGCAGUCAUUUUUAGCAUGGAUCUCACCCAUUAAAAAUCAGUUUAAAAUAAUUGACAUUUAUAUAUCUGUUGGUAUGAAGGAGACGGUGAGAAUGGUCUUUGAGAAUGACAUGGACAGUUCACCUCGCUUGGAGACCAAGUCCUUGUGCAAUCUUUCCACUGGUUACAUUUGUUUCCAUGACAACACAGAUUUCGGCUGAAGAAGUGGUUCAGUGGAAAUGGAGUUGUUUUCAUAUCAUUGGAGUGGACAUGCCAAUUUAUUUUUGUUUUUCUUUUUCCAUAUCAUGUGUUGUGUGCCUUUGAUGUACUGGAGAAGACCACAAAUUUUACUGCAAACAGAUACUUGUUAAGUCAAGCUGUGAUAAAAAAAAAAAAACCUUAUCCUGCUGGUCAGCAUAUUCUGACAAGGUUUCUGUUCUGUUUUUAAUCAGAUUAUGUCGGUGUGGUUGCUCUUAAAAGACCAAAGUUUAAGAAUACAUACAGAACGUGCUCUUUUAAAGAGUGACAGAUAUCUUGCACGAUUCGAUGAUCAGUUGUUGUAGCUAUGUACAGAUCUGUUGUAUGAGAUUCUUAUUUAAGAUGCCUGUUUUGCAGUGUGUAUUAUAUGUUAAAAAAACCUGAUGCACAUAAGCAUAGUGGUGCUACUUUUAAUAGUAUUAUAAAUAGAUUUUUUCUGUUAUUUGUGAGCUAAUCUGUGAAAAAAUAUUUUCAUUUUUGGUAUCUUUACAUGACACGAUCAACAAAUGUGGUUUGUUGUAGCUAUGUUUGGGUUUCCUAGUAUGCUUUUUAACAUUAAACAGUGGUUUGAUGAGCAAGUUAUUUUUUUGCUUGCCCACCUAAUGUUGUGAUGACUGAGAGAGAAAGGGAGAGACUGAAAAAAAGGUUUGGGGAAGAAUUGAAGAGUGUAGAAUUUACAUAGAGCAAAUAAGGUAAUGAUCUUAUGUCAUUUUUAAAUCAUGGUAAAACAAUACAGUUUUAUGGAUGACUUUA